CCGGCCGGCGGGCCGGCCGCGAUUCGCAUUCUCAGUCCGGCGCACUUUGCCCUACCUACGAUGUGCCAUCUGACCCGACUCGCCCGUGACACGAUCGACUUGUCCUCGAUGAUCUGCUGCCUGAUUGUCCUCGUUUCGUUGUGCGAGACGAAAAUGUGCUCUCGGAUCACACAUGCCUGCACGACCGCGAACACGGCUAUUGUUUCCGCAGGUGAUGAAGCGGAACGUUCACCGCCGGCGUCGAUGUCCGUGUUCGCGGAGAUGGAGAACCGGCUGUCGAGCCUCGAGCGGAGGCUGCGAGCAGUCGAGCAGCCGGUUUGGCAGAUCAGCCCGAGGGAGGAGGACUGGGAGGUGUGCGCCGAAGGACCGUGCAAGUGUGUGCCGGAGAUGAAGUCGGUGUCCUGCUGGAGACACGGCCUGCUGGACCUUCCGUCGUUGCAACUGGUGCCCGCCGACGUGCUGAGACUGGACCUCGGGGGUAACCGGCUCAGCGCUCUGCACAGAGACACGUUCAGGAACAUGACGCGGUUGCACCACCUAGACCUGAGCAGCAACCUGCUCGAGCACCUGUCGCCGAAUCUGUUGUCUCCUCUGCAUGGUGUCGCGAAUGUCCGGCUGAGCGACAAUCUCCUGAAAGAAAUCCAGCGCAAUCAAUUCCUUGGCCUGAGGAACCUGCGAAUACUUGAUUUAUCGUCGAACAGACUUCGGACUCUGUCGGAGAAUCUGUUCCUGAGCAACGGCCUCCUGGCUCUGUUGGAUCUCUCCUCUAAUCGCAUCUCGUCCUUAUCAGCUGGCACAUUUCGCGGUCUCGGUAACCUGGAGGAAUUGCUGCUGGGCAAAAAUCGACUGUCCGGACUACCCGCCUCGAUUUUCAAAGACACAAUCAAUCUCAGGCGUCUCGCGCUCGAGGAGAAUCACCUGAAGGAGCUGCCACAUAAUUUAUUCCACGAUUUGACGUCGCUCAAGGAAUUGGACAUGAGGGGCAACCGGUUGACGGAGGUGGCUAAGGGGAUGCUGUCUCACCUCGUCAAGCUGGAGAUCCUGGAAAUGUCGAGCAACAGAAUAUCCCGUAUCGACGCGAGAGCUCUCCGCGAUAUGGUGGCGCUCCGAGAGUUGCGGCUGGGACACAACCACAUCAAGUACUUGCAGCAUGGGUUGUUCAGCAACUCCGUAUCCUUGGAACGCUUGAUUCUCUACGGGAACCGCAUAGAGAUCCUAGCGAGGGGCGUUCUUCAUGGUCUGUCCAAUCUCACCUCUCUCUUCUUACAGUCCAAUCGACUGAGGCUGCUGCAGUCAGGGGUCUUCAACGAUACGCCGAAUUUGCGUAAGCUGCAACUGGAGUCGAACGAGCUGUCGUUCCUACCGGCCGGCAGCAUGGACGCCGUGUCGGCGAUCCCGCAGGUGCACCUGAAUCGGAACCCCUGGCACUGCGACUGCCGUGCUCUGUAUGUCGCCUCCUGGCUGCGCCGACGGUUCGCCAGCUUCGCGAACCUGACGAAUCCGCUGCAGAUCCAGCAGGCGUUGGUCACGACCGGCAACUGGAGCGUCUGGGAGUACGGAGCCGGGGCGAUCUGCAGAGGCCCGGGUGUCCUGGGUGGCCAGCCUCUGCUGCGGCUGACCUUCCACGAGCUCUGCGAGGGCCAGUGGGCCUCCAUGAAGGGCAUCGUACCGCGGCUACCUCUCGACGUCAUGGCGCCGUCCGUCACGCCGCACGCCGUCAGAAAGGACACGCUCUUGGUGUAGAGAGGACGAGGUGUCGCGCACGGAGCGCGUCUCUUUCCGUCUCAACGUCGAGUGACUGUUGGACGUCUGCGAAGAACGUCCAGGGAGUUAAGUCUCUUCCUGUCUCUCUCUCUCUC